CUGGAGCUGCAUACCCUGGACCUCAAGGAUUAUGGAGCUCAGGGCAAUUGUGACCCUGAGGUGCCACUGACCGAGGGCACCCGCUGCUGCCGCCAGGAGAUGUUCGUGGACCUGCAGGGGAUGAAGUGGGCCGAGAACCGGAUCCUGGAGCCCCCAGGCUUCGUGGCCCACGAGUGUGUGGGCAGCUGCAGGCAGCUGCCAGAGCCCCUGUCUUUCAAGUGGCCGUUUCUGGGGCCACGGCGGUGCAUCGCCUCGGAGACUGCCGCAUUGCCCAUGAUCGUCAGCAUCCAGGAGGGAGGCAGGACCAGGCCCCGGGUGGUCAGCCUGCCCAACAUGAGGGUGAAGCAGUGCAGCUGUGCCUCGGACGGGGCACCUGUGCCCAGUAGGCUGGAGCCAUAGGUGCCUGUGUGGCCCCAGGGGACUUGGCUUCUGGGUGUGUGUCUGAAGUGUUCCAGGGCACCAGGUCAGAUGGAGCAUACUGACUGCUAAGGGGCAAACGCUGUGCUCUCCAUGAGGUCCAGCAUUUGCUUCCUCUGACAAUCAGCUGGUCGAGUCAGCUCCCAGGACUGAGACCCUGGCCGUGGAGUAGCUCUCAUCCCGUCUUCUCUGUUCUUCCUCCUUGGCUGCAGCAUACCCUACACUUAGAUGUGUUGGUAGUGGAACCUCAGGGCAGAAGUACCAGGUGUCCUGGUUUCCUGACCCAUCACUGAGUGUGGGCUGGCCUCCAGCAACCACCCUGGGGCUAAUUCCUCAGAUCAAGUGUGGGCUGUGCCUUCUCUUACAUGGGCUUUGCAACACAAAAACCAAAUUAUUCUGUUAACUUUGUAUUUCUCUAUUGUAUCUAAAGCCCUACAAACUGGGAAGGGAACGGAAAGUUCUACAGUGAUUGGGGCUAGCUGACAGAGAAUGAAGCAAGGAGCUUGACUGGGCCAAGACAUCGUCAAGGUCUUGGUUCAGCAAUACAAGCAGCUAGGACUCAAAUGCACUCGGAUUCUAGUAGCCGUGAUGCCUGUGGGACACAUCUUUUUGUUGUUGACGUUCUUAUUGCAUAGUGAUUGGACGUUAUUUCAACUGCUUACAUCAACAAUUUAAAAAGCUGAUUAUCAGAACAAUCGUUGACACAAGGAUGUGGGUCAGCACUUUAGAUUUGGGGCACAGGGAGUCGAUUUUCACAGUUGGAUCUCCCUUUUUAGCCAUACAUUCAAUGUCUUCCAUGAGGCUGCCCAGCGGGGCUGGGGUCUGUGGGCCCCUGCAGACGUAGGCAGAACGUCCUACACAUGCAAGCUGUCAGCUGUGGCUGGAAAGCUGUCUCCAGGCCGACUGGCAUCUCCCCCACUAACAGCCUCUUGUGCUGCACGUGUGACCUUGCAGCCUGAAAUCACACCUUCGGGGCGGCUGCAGCCUUUCACCCUCAGCUGGCAGGGGAGGGGCUGAGAGGGGAGAGUUGGACUGGCUCCAAGAGACCCUGGCUAUCUCGUGUGACCUUGUGGUUUUAAAUCGUGUCUUCAAGUUAGUUGCAAUCUUCCACCCAGAGCUAGCAGAGGAGGGGGCUGAGCCCUUAAGAGACAGACAGUCUCCUGGAGACCCUCGCUGUUUCCUUGAGCCCCAAGCCAGUCAACAUACGUAUGUGAGACCCCCUAUCCAAUGGGCAGCCCCAGUAGGAUGACCAGUGAACAGACACCAAUGCCUUAGAAACCCAGGACACUUCCUGAAGCCAGUGUCCCGCUCGGGCACUCUGCUGCUCUCUUCUUGCACCAGACGCUUUCUCUGUUGCCUGCCAAUUGUU